AUGCCACACCUGGACAGGUACGAGGACGAGGGAUUGGAUCAGGAGCCCGACGACUACGACGAGGAAGCGGAGCUCGAGGCGAGGCUUAGGGCGGAGGCUGCGCUCGACGAUCGCGACGAGGCCCAACGCGGCGGGCGCAUCGACCCCGCGACAGGCCGCGUUCGCCCCCGAGCCCUGGAGGUGGACGAGGAUGAUGACGUGUGGCACAGGCAGCAGCGCAGGCGACGCGCCGCGGAUCGCGACGAGGACGAUGAAGAGGAGGAAGAGUACGAGGUGGACAUCGAGAACUACGACGGACCUCUGCGCGAGUGGAUCAACAGGGACCGAACGAAGCUCGAGAUUCGACGCAAGUUCGCCAGGUUCCUGCGCAAGUACACCGCGGAGAACGAUCCGGGAAACUUGGUGUACAGGAAACGCAUCAGGGACAUGUGCGUGAACAACAGGCAGUCGUUGGAGGUGUCGUACCUGCACCUGUCCAGGCUGGAACCGACGCUCGCCAUCUGGGUCGCCGACGCCCCCGCCGAGAUGUUCGAGCUGUUCCACGAGGCGGCCAAGGCGGAGACACUGAAGCUAUACCCGUCGUACGAGUCCAUCCACAAGCACGUGUUCGUGCGGUUGGAGGACCUGCCGAUCAAGGACCAGAUCCGCGACAUCCGGCAGUCGCAUCUCGAGCAACUCAUCAAGGUGGAGGGCGUGGUGACAAAGCGAACCGGCGUUUUCCCGCAGCUGCAGGAGGCGUACUACACGUGCGGCCGGUGCGGGUUCCUCGCCGGGCCGAUGAUGUGCAAGAACGGCGCCGAGGAGCAGAAGCCCGGGUCGUGCGUGGAGUGCCAGUCGAAGGGGCCUUGGUCGGUGAGCCAGGAGAAGACAAUCUACCGCAACUACCAGCGGGUCACGCUUCAGGAGUCCCCGGGGAACGUGCCCGCGGGUCGCUUACCCAGGAGCAAGGAGGUCAUCCUACUCAACGACCUGAUCGACCAGAUCCGGCCUGGUGACGAGGUGGAGGUGACCGGCGUGUUCACCACCAACUUUGAGGGCGGGCUCAACACCCGCACCGGAUUCCCGGUUUUCAGCACCCACAUCGUCGCCAAUCAUCUACUGCGCAAGGGAGACAGGUUCGCCACUACGGCGUUGACGGACGAGGACAAGGAGGAGAUAAGGCGAUUGUCGCGGGACCCGCGGAUCUGCCAGCGCAUCGUGAAAUCCAUCGCUCCGUCAAUUCACGGGCACGACGACAUCAAAGCGGGCAUCGCGCUCGCGCUCUUUGGCGGCCAGGAGAAGAUCGUCAAGGGAAAAACAAGGCUCAGGGGUGACAUCAACAUGCUCCUGUUGGGGGACCCCGGCGUGGCCAAGUCCCAGUUCUUAAAGUACGUGGAGAAAACCGCCAACCGCGCGGUGUACGCCACGGGCAAGGGUGCGUCUGCGGUGGGUCUCACCGCCGCCGUGCAAAAAGAUCCGGUGACGCGCGAGUGGGUGUUGCAGGGCGGAGCCUUGGUCAUGGCAGACAGGGGCGUCUGCCUGAUUGACGAGUUCGACAAGAUGAACGACCAGGACCGCGUAUCCAUCCACGAGGCGAUGGAGCAGCAGUCCAUCUCCAUCUCCAAGGCGGGCAUCGUGACCUCGCUGCAGGCCCGGUGUUCGGUCAUCGCCGCGGCGAACCCGGUUGGCGGAAGGUACGAUUCAUCGCGAACCUUUUCGGACAACGUGGAGCUCACCGACCCCAUCUUGUCGCGCUUCGACAUUCUCUGCGUCGUGAAGGACACGAUCGACCCCGUCCUCGACGAGCGACUCGCCAAGUUUGUGGUCGGCUCUCACGUCAGGUCGCACAAAGAUUUCGACCCCGAGACUGACGACCCGACGGGCCUUCUGUCGGUCACGAACAUGAGCGACACGCACGACGACCUCGAACCGAUCUCCCAGGAUAUGCUCAAAAAGUACGUUUCGUACAGCAAGAGAUUCAUCAAGCCCAAGUUGAGCAGCGGCGAUUUGCCAAAGAUUUCGCAGGUGUACGCGGAGCUUCGAAGGGAGAGCGUGACUCGCGAGGGCAUGCCGGUUGCGGUCCGUCACGUCGAGUCGAUCAUCCGCAUGUCAGAAGCGAGGGCUUCCAUGCGACUGAGCGAGCACGUGGACAGCGAGGACAUCGACGCCGCGAUCGCGGUGAUGCUGAGCUCGUUCAUCGGGACGCAGAAGCUCUCGGUGCAAAAGUCGCUGCAAAAGAAAUUCGCUCGGUACACCCACUUCCACAGGGACUACGACCAGCUCCUGCUCGAAAUCUUGCGCGGGAUCGUCCGCGAGAUGAACUACUGGGAUAAGGUCGGCGCACCCGGCGAGAGCGUGUCGCAGCGCAGCGGGCGGACGACGGUGCGCUGCAGGAUGCUCGAGAGCAAGGCUUCGGAGUACGGCAUCAACGACUUGGCUCCUUUCUACGCGUCCACUGCGUUUGCGUCGGCGAGGUUCACGCACGACCCCGAGCGGGGCAUGAUCUACCACGAGCCGCUGUGA